UCACAGUAAAAUACCCUUUCUUCCUCUGUACGAUCAGUCAUAUUGUAAAGGAGACUUUAUAUUCUCUCUCUCUCUUUGAGACAUUUUGCUGUCUCUUGAGCAAGAUCGGUGAGAUUCCCUAUGACCAGCGCGUCGGUUUAUGUAUCACUUCUGGUCCAUGUGAGCUGUCCACUCCCAGCUCCGCACCCACCACCAUGUGAUGUAUGAAGAUGUGAAACUGCCUGCUCAUCAAGCAAAACCUCAAGCAUGUAGAGCCCCACAUCUGUGUGUGUGAGGGACGGCGAGACGCGAUGUGGACUUCUCUUUUCCCCCUAGCGCUCGCGUGGCUGUCUACGGACCAAGCUCUCGCUUCAGAAAACUGUGAAAAUGUCUUUGACAAGUGUCAGCAAGGUGAUGUCCCCUGGACCAGGUGCUAUGAGGACAGAAUUGCAAGCUGUAGGCUAAGAAACCGUAGGAUGAUCAACUUCAUUCAUCGGAGGGUGAGCUGGAAGCAAGAGGCCGAAGAGAGUCCCACUCCCCAGCACAGGGUUCAAAUCUCAUCCUCAGCUCUCCGGAUAAGCAGUGGAGCCGGGUCUGAGGACGAGGUGCUGCUGGUGGCCACUGUGAUCAACAGCACUUAUUUCAAGCUGAGCCCCAGCCCUCGCGGGAGACAUUUCAUAUUAGACAGGCCCAGGCAAAGAACUGUUCUGGGGGGGUUAGUGCUGGCAGUGAGGGCGGGGAACCAUCCGGUCCGGAACCUCUCACAAGCCAUCAAACUAACCUUCAAACACAACAAACAGGUGGAGGAUGGGGCAUGUGUGUUUUGGCAGGAGUCCCCACUUGAGGACGGAACAGGUUGUUGGAGCACAGGCGGCUGUGAGACCAGCAACACGGGAAGUGAAUUUGUUUGCAGCUGCAACCACCUGAGCUUCUUUGCCGUGCUUGUGAACCCCGUGCUAUCAGUGGAGGAAAGGGAUGCUGUGAACCUUAGCUACAUCACCUACAUUGGAUCAGCGCUCACUAUCUUCUUCUCAGUCAUCAGCUUGAUCAUCUAUAUAUGUUUGCAGCGGCGGCGUCCCGAGAAGGCUAUCGGCGUGCAUUUGCAACUAACCGGAGCGCUGCUCUGCCUCCACUUCAGCUUCCUGCUGUGCUGCUUCUGGGUGUGGUGGCUGAAUGGGAAAGAGGAGGACUGGGUUUGCCGGGGUCUGGGUCUCUUUUUGCACUGGUCCCUGAUGGCCACCUUCAGCUGGACGGCUCUGGAGGGGUUCCACCUCUACCUUCUCCUAGUCCGAGUCUUCAACAUCUACGUCAGGAGAUACCUGCUCAAGCUCAGCGUGGUAGGAUGGGGUCUCCCUACCCUGAUUGCAGUGGUUUGUGGGAUUUCAGGUGUUUAUGGAAAAUACAGGCCAGAAUCGAGGGACGCCAACAACCGCAAUUCAACAGCGGAGAUAUGUUGGAUGAGCAGCCACAGGCUUUCGGUCAGCUACGUCACUAUUGUGGCCUUCCCGUGCCUGGUGAUACUGUGCAAUUCCUGCAUGCUGGGCCUUGUGGUGUUUAAGCUAUGGAGGCUGAGGGUGGGCAGUCGAGGCGCUGGCGGCGGCGGCUCAAAGAAGAUGGAUAGAGAAAAAUGGAUGAAGUUAUGGAGGGACUGUGCCACAGUGCUGGGCCUCAGCUUUGUGCUGGGUUUACCUUGGGGGUUAGCUAGCACCACCUAUGUCUCCCUCGUGGGGAUCUACGUGUUCACGGUACUAAACUCCCUGCAGGGUGUGUUCAUGUUCCUGUGGUCCGUGGCGUUGUCCUGCAAGUCUCGAUCUGACAACAACUCCUCCACCAGAGACCCUUCCACUCAGAAAGUGAUGACUACCAGUUUCAAUAACUGAUAUUCACAAGCCUAUAAUAGGUGCUUAGUGGCCUUUUGGCUCCUGUCAUAUGCAGUUAAAUGACACUUAAUCAUGUCAUGUAUCUUCUUUAAAUUAAGUUUGCAUCGGCAAGCAUGCAUCAUGAACAGUAACCCCUUCUAAUUAUUUAUUGUUGUGUCAGUUAUGAUUCUUAUGGUUACGGUAAUAUCAGAAGGGCAAUCAGUGAAUAAAAAAAAUAUUAUCUCUGCCAGGAGAA